GCGCCGGCCGCGGUGAGGCACACCGCACCAACACAAUGUGACCGCUCGCUUAGUGCCAUGCUCGUCAUCAGACUGGACACAAGCGUUUGUGAGAAAAUCCAGUUCAGUGAUACGAAUUUUCAUCGCCAUAUUUAUCAACACGCCUUAUAUAGACACACCAGACAUGUCUAAGCUGACCGUGACGAAUUUCACGAAGCGAACUGGAAGCCCGUUCCAGAAAGCCAAAGAGACUCAGGAGGAUAUCAAAAUAGUGCACGAGGAAGUCAUCGAGAAGACUACUUUUGAAAAACAGAAAGAGAAGCAGAAUGAAUUAAUACAGAAAGUGACGAAGAAGACAGCGGAGUACCAGUCAAACAAACCAAGUUCUGGCGUGUUUACCGAAGUGGUUUCCCAUGGUGCCUUCACUUCAAAGAACAGGAAUACAAACACUACGGCUAAUGCUACACCGAUAGCUAAAAGUCCAACUCCACCGAAGUCAAACGGAUCAAAUGGCUCCAAAUCCUUGCUUGGGUUUCCAUCAUCAGCUAACGACUUAGCUCUAGACGCAAAAACGGAUCUAGAAUCAGACCCAAACAUAUCAAAAGCGGUGAAGGACAAAGUAAUAGAGAAACUAUUUGCCCUCGUCUCGAUGGUACAACACACGUACGAGUCUAAAGUGAGAAUAAUGACAGAAUUCGAGAAGUACAAGGAUACACACACGAAGAAUGAAAUAAGAAGAGAGAAGGAACAUUCAGAACAAUUGUACAAGCUUAACAUGAAUUUCCAAAACGAAGUCGUUCAAGCGAUACAGAGAUUGAAGAGUGAAUUGGAUAUAACAAGAAAUGUGAGUGAAAACAUUGAAGAUAGGUCUAGGAGUGGUGAUUUGAAAGAUACUUCAGAUUUUAAUGUCUCUGGGGUCCAAGAGCUUGAUUUAAAUGAGCAAGGUGAGGAUACAGUGGACCUGACAUUGGAAUCGAGUAACGAUCGAGUUGAAAGUGAGAAUAACGACAGUGAUGCACUUAAGAAUGAAUAAUCUAAGAAUGUAUGUACGUACAAGA